AUGGAAUUGCCAGCCAUCGCCACCCUGCGUCUCUCCAACAACUUCCUCUCGGGCCCUCUGCCCGAGAGGGCAUGCCAGGCUCGCAACUUCGAUGCCAACUGCUUCACACUGCCUCCUGGCUGUUCCAAGGUGGUGCAGCGGCAGGAAGCAGCAUGCAAUACAUUCUGCAACGUCUCCUCUGUUGCACCUUCGCCCCCUGCUGGUGCAAGUGCUGCUGCUAGUGGAGCAGGUGGUGCUGCUGCUGGUGAUACCACUGCUGCUUGUGGUGGCCAAGAGACUUCGCUAGCUGCUGUGAAGGCACCGUUUCCUCUGAACAACAAGAAGGCAUACACGGCAUGGGUGGACUAUGUGCCUGGGGAACCCGGCACCAUCCAGGUGUUCCUAGCUGGAUCGGUAAUGAAGCCAGAGAAGCCGCUGUUAGUGAAGAAGAUGUCGUUGUGUGAGGUGCUGCAGGCUGGUGCAGAUCAGAAGGCGUUCUUCUUUGGCUUUGUGGCGUCCACCACUGUGAAGCCGUUCCAGAUGCAUGCCAUUUUUCAAUCUGCGGUGCAAACAGGUGAGGGCUUGCUAAUGCUGCUGAUUUUGCUACUGUACUAUGUUGACAACGGCGCUGGUGGCAGCGGCAGCCGUGGUGGUGGUGGUGGUGGUGGUGGUGGUGGUGGUGGUGGUGGUGGUGGUGGUGGUGGUGGUGGUGGUGGUGGUGGUGGUGGUGGUGGUGGUGGUGGUGGUGGUGGUGGUGGUGGUGGUGGUGGUGGUGGUGGUGGUGGUGGUGGUGGUACAGCUAGUUAG